AGCUCUGGGCUGUGGUGUGCAACGCGGCCAUAAUGAACAGCGGCCUCGUCGAAUGGUUGACGAUGGCAAGCAUCACUCGCAUCUUUGACGUCAAUGUCUUCGGCGUGGUGAGGGUGGUGAAGAGGUUCCUACCCAUGCUCAAGGAGACCCACGGACGGGCAGUCAUCGUCACCAGCAAUCUUUCUCACUUCACACUGCCGUUUACUACGCCAUACGCGAUGACUAAACACGCGGUUCAGUCCUUGGUCGACGGUUUAAGAAGAGAGUGCCAUGGCAAGGGAGUCGACGUCGUAGCUGUUGAGCCCCUGACAUACAGGUCUAAAGUUACUGACGCCGUAGGCUGCCUCGCUGCCGUGGAGAAGGAAUUCAAGAGUCAGCCCGCCGAAGUUACGGCCGGCUUCAACGCCCAAGAACUGCACGACUGGACGCGCUCAGUCAAAGCGCUCUACGACUGGAGGAUCAAGGACGACAUCGAAGACCUGGUCGACCAAAUGGUCCUGGCCGUCAGGGAGACAGAUCCCAAGACUCGAUACCGGACAAUGGCCGUCUUCGACUACGCUUGGGUCACGUGCCUCAGGAUGCUUCCGGCCGAGGCGGUUGACAUUAUUUUACUAUGGUCGAGACGGCUGGCGCUGUGGAGGAAGAAGUGAGCG